UUCACACACUGUUUGCUUAAUUGAUUAUAAUAUCUGUUGGUGAUUGCGGAUGAUUGUUCAUUAGAUUUUAUUCAUUUUGUUACGAUUUAAAAGCGAAAAUCAACAAGAGAUGCAGAGUAUUUACUGCUAGGCCUAGCUAGCCAGCGUGCGGUGUUGGGAUUUCCAGCCGCGUAGCUACAAUGUCAUUAGCUGUCAAAGAAAUACUUAUUAUCUGCCUGAGCAUAUUUAUUUUGCUGAUUGAGGAAGAGAAACAUUUGACUAUCCUUUUACUUGCUGCAGGUUUGGUUUUGGCAGGUGUGGCUCAGUGCAUAACAAGUCAAGAAAAGUUAUUGCAGUCUACAGGAUGGGCCUUUAGAAAAGAGCGGAAUUCAGGGAUUGUGAUUGGUGCAAUGCUGAUUCCUGUUUCAUUUUUAGCAGCAAAAAGAACUCUUCAAGAUUCAACCGCAAUAUAUCAAGAUUACCAGAUAGCAAGUUUGUUGUUGUCAAUAAUAAUGACAUCAUUGGUUUUCAGUUAUAACUGGACGUCAUCUGUUUUUAAAAGAUAUGUUUCUAACACUUUGUAUGCAUUCUGUUUGCUGUGUGUUUUUAUCUGGGAGGGGAAGCGGAUUUACUUUGCCAGUUUAUUCGUAGGAUGUGUCUACUUUGAAGGCCUGAUACAUUUCAUGCCACAUAGCUUUACUAUUGGAGAGGCCAUGGUUGUAUCCCAGGCAUUAAGCUUCCUAACACUUGAUGGCUGUUACCAUGUGUUGCUGUCAUUGGAAAUGAAUCCACUGUAUGCCUGCUUACAGGUUUUGAUAAAUGGCAUAUUAAUCUUAUGCAUAUGCCUUGCACCUGUUUUGAUGAUUUCAAAAGAUGUUGGCAAAACUAAGAAAUCAGGAAAGAAUUUGGAUACAUCACCUUGGUCAAGAAAACGGACAUGUGUCUUCUAUGGAGUAACAGUCGGUGUCGUCAGUUUAAUACUUUUUCCAAUGUUGUCAUUUUUGCUUGGAGAAUUUGUCAUCAUUUGGGGCUUCAACUUUAUCUUUGAAACUAAAAUUAGGAUCUGGUUGAUUGCAUCAUGGGUGGUUUUGGUUACAGUUGCUACACUAAUUGUGUACAAAACUGAAUCAUCAUCGACAGUGGUCCGCAAAUACUUCCACCUGAUAGCGGUAGCCAUUUAUGUGCCUGGCGUCUUUUUGGACCUAAAACUCAUCUAUCUUGCAUCUGCUGGGGCUUUAUUCAUCUUCCUUAUUAUUGAGAUAGUACGGGUGUUCCGAGUGGAACCAUUUGGAAAAAUCAUUCAUGAAGCUUUUUCAGUUUUCAUAGAUGAGCGGGACUCUGGUGUUGUUAUUCUGACACACAUCUAUUUACUGUUGGGGUUCUCGCUACCUGUCUGGCUCUACGAUCAUGUCAAUCCAACAUCAGGCUUGGUACUGUACAGUGGUGUCAUUUCAUUGGGUGUUGGAGACACUGCCGCAGCAGUCAUUGGGUCCAAGUAUGGUAAACACAGAUGGUCUGUUGAAACUGUAAAGACGAUUGAAGGAACGCUUGCAGCCAUUGUAACCCAGCUUGUAGCAUGCUACUGCCUUGGUAGCAUGAUUAACGCAAGUUCAUACACUUGGAUGGCAGUAACGAUAGUUGUGGUCCUCACUAGUCUCUUGGAAGCAUUUACAUCACAGAUUGACAACAUAGUCUUGCCUCUGUUUAUGGCAUCCAUGUUCAGUGCUAUUCAAGGAGUAAUUUGAUAAAAUGGUAGAGAUUUGCAACUUUUCAUUAGUUGAUAUUGCUGAACCAACUCAUGACCAAAAUCAGUGCAAUAUUACCAGUAGACCUCUAAUAACUGUGGAAGCAUUUUGUUAAGAUGUCAGGCUUUGAUAGUUAUAGUGUUCAUACUAAUGUGUUUUUAGGAAAUGUAUUUUUCGUUUUCUCGAGUCUAUCCAGGCAUUAUAAAUGGAUAUCUAUUAGGGAAUAUGAUUGAUUUUAGAAUGAAAUUAGAUAUUGCAGAAUUAGAUGCACUGCGCUCCCCCAGAACGUGGAGGAGGUUGCACAUUGUGGUUUUCUUUAUUUUCGUACCCAAAGACCAUCACAUCACAUGUGAAAAUAAAAUAUCCAACAAAUAAUGUAAAUAAUAACAAUAAUGUUUACAUUCCUACAUUUUAUUUCCACAAACAAUUAUGCAAUUUAGUCAUAUCAUUCCCUCCAAAGAUUAUGAGCUUCAGUGGAUUAUAUUCAUCAAACUACAAUCAUUAUUUGUUGAAUUACAGUUAAAGAUAAUAUG